AUGUUCGUACGUGACAUUAGAAGAUUCGAUGAACUCGAACGCAAACUAAGGUUUAUCGACACACAAGUGAAAAAGGACGAUAUCGAAAUUGCUGAUCCAUCGAACAAUGCAGCCUACGAAGUGCUGCCACCACAUGAACUCAAUCAACUUGAAGCAACACUUGUUGAUCUAGAACGAGACGUGAUCAAUAUGAAUGAAAGUGAUUUACUGCUCAAGAGAAACUUUCUCGAGCUCAAAGAAUGGGAAGCAAUACUCGAGAAGACUGAUCAAUUCUUUCAAGGGGGUAUAAGUGAUGUGGCUAUGCAAGAGAUCGAAUUGGUUGAAGGCGAAACUAUCGGCUUUCCACUCCGAACUGAAAAGGAACCAAUGGGCUUCUCAACAGGUGUGAUUCGACGUGAACGUGUGAAUGCAUUCGAGCGUAUUCUGUGGCGAGCAUGCCGUCGUACGGCAUUCGUUCGAACGGCCGAAAUCGAAAAUGAGCUCAUGGACCCAGAUACAGGUGAAAAGCAGAGUAAGUCUGUUUUUGUGAUCUUUUAUAAAGGUGAUCGUUUGCGUACAAUUAUCGAAAAAGUCUGUGAAGGUUUCAAAGCGAAACUCUAUAAUACAUGCCCGAAGAACAGUAAGGAUCGUCACGCAGCAGCACGAGAGGUACGUGCCCGUAUUUCGGAUCUAAGCACCGUUAUGGGACAAACUCAAGAGCAUCGUUAUAAAGUAUUACAAGCAGCCUCAAAUAAUCUCCGGGAAUGGCAAAAGCAGGUACGUAUGCAAAAGUCCGUCUACCAUACUCUGAAUUUGUUCACAUUCGAUAGCAUUGGGAAAUUUUUUGUGGCCGAAUGUUGGGUACCAUUAGGCGAUAUGCAACACGUACGAGAGGCGCUUGAAAGAGGAGUGGAAGCUAACGGUAUCUCCGUAAAACCCGUCUUGAAUCUGCUGGAAACAGCCGAAGAACCACCCACCUACAAUAAAACCAAUAAAUUCACUGCCGUUUUCCAGAGCAUUGUUGAUUCGUAUGGAGUUGCCUCAUAUUUGGAAGUUAAUCCUGCACCCUAUACAAUCAUCACGUUUCCAUUCAUAUUCGCAUGCAUGUUCGGGGAUUUUGGUCACGGCAUCAUCAUGUUCUUGGCUGGUCUUUAUUUAGUGCUUCGUGAGAAGGCGCUUAUCGAUCGUAAUAUUAAGGAUGAGAUAUUCAAUAUGUUCUUCGGUGGUCGAUAUAUCAUACUCUUGAUGGGUCUCUUCUCCAUACACGCCGGCUUACUCUAUAACGAUAUCUUCGCUAAAUCCUUCAAUAUUUUCGGCUCACAGUGGCGCAAUCCAUAUCCGUAUUACUAUUACUAUUAUUAAAUCGAGUCGUGGUACAAUCAGACGGUAUUAACUAGGAAAGAGGUGCUCAUUGAGCUACCACCGAAUCCAUCCUAUAUCCACGACGGACCGUAUCCGUACGGACUGGAUCCGGUGUGGAAUCUGGCUGAGAAUAAGCUGAAUUUCUUGAAUUCAAUGAAGAUGAAAUUGUCCGUUAUAAUCGGUAUAUCGCAAAUGACAUUUGGUGUCUUUCUAUCGCUUAUGAAUUACUUGUGA